AUGUCAGCAACCUGCACACGUGCACUCUAUGUCUCCAGGGACUUAUUUGAGAUAAAGAAUAAAGACAAUUUGAAAACAGUUCUGACAAGGGGAACAGAUGAGAAUAAAAUAAGUGUCUUAUGGCAGAUAAUUAAGGAGACAGCCAUGGGCAUAAACCAUGAGAAUCUGCUCCUGGCUCUAACCAUGGCAAUUCCAAACACAAAAAACAAAAGGUUAAUUACGAUGUUCUAUCUGUACUUGGAAAGUGUGAAGAUUGAGGAUGCAGAUGGAAAUAUAAGGGAUGAGAUACUGAUGAUAUGCAAUAUGAUACGGGGUCAUUUGGCUCACCCGAAUGAGCAUGUCAGGGCCCGGGCAAUCCGGACAGUUGGGAAGUUCAGGAGUGCUGCUAUUUUUGACGUCCUGAAGAGUCCUUUCAUUGAGAACAUAAGCUACUCUAAUCCAAUUGUAAGGAGUGCUGUGUAUGUGGCACUAAGGGGACUUCUGGAGAGUAAGGAACUGUCUGGGAUAUUUGCAGAUGCAGUUCCCUUGUUGAUUGAGCAGGUUCUGAAGGAAAGAGACUCAGUUUGUCUCUCAGAGGGAUACAAAACCAUAGAAAGCAUUGAUGCAGAGGCAGCACACAGCAUAUACAAGAAGCUUAAAGAGACAGCACAUGAAGGCCUGCAGGAAUGCUUCCUGGCAACAGCAGAGAGAGAAGAUAAUUUGCAGCAGAUUCAUGAGAUAUUCCAGAGUGCAUCCACGCGCCUGAUUGAGGUCCAGGCAGCUGUGACUCUUGUUAGAGUGGGAGAUGCAGAGAUGGUGAAGGAAGGCGUUGAGAAACUCCUGGAUAUGUCAAAUGAGUACUUGGAUGUGGAGUCAAAGAGUAAAAUCAUUGCUGCAUGCCGCAGGGCCCUGAAAAGAGGCCAGUUUACAUUCGAGAAUAUGGGCAUGAAGAUAGUCCGUAUGAUCACACCUGCAGUGGCUAAGAUUAAGAUAGAGUUAGCCCGGGAUAUAUUCCAGUUCACUCUUGAUGUCCUGGCAAUUGCAGAGGCAAAGGAUCUGUUUGCCUUUUUGUACCACGGACUCCUGGACCUCCCAGAGAAAGACCUUAAAGAAGCAUCCACAGGACAAGACAGAGUCUUCUACAUGGAAGCACUUGGUGAGCUGGCUAGAAGGUACAAGAUAUGCACACCAGAGCUUAUAACCUUGGUUACAUCAAUGCUUUCAGCAGGCAUCCCUGAACUGGCCCUGGAGGCAGCAAAUUUCAUUGACUCUCUUGUCUCUGUCACAGGUGCAGAGAAAGAACUCGCUAUUUCAGCAGUGAUUGGGUCACUGUCCACAAUAAAGUACGGAAAGAUCCUUAGAAGAGCAUUCUCCUUGAUAUCUGCACAUGCAGAUGGAGAGAAAGCACAUGCUGCUGUGUGCAUGGUCCUGCAGUCACUUUCCUCAGAUGAGGCAGGCCUUCUUCCGCAGCUGAAAGAUGCACAGAAGGGAAAUCCCUCAAAGAUCUUCCCGGGUGUGCCCAUAGCCGCCUUCCUCCUGGACAUGGCACAGAAGGCACAGGACCUGCCGCACAGCAAGCAGCAGGAAAUGAUUGCAGACAUUAUGGCGGCUGCCCUAAAGACAUACGCAAUAGGCCACAAGACAGAGAGCAUUGACGAGUCCUCAAAGGUCGCUCUUCUUCGCCUUGCAAGCCUCCUUGAGAAUGGAGGGGGCGUGCUUGCAAAGACAAAAGUGCAGAAGCAGGCAGGAUCUGGGCACUUGCCAGGCAGAGUCUCUGAAGGGAAUGUGUCUGGCAGUGCAUGUGUACAAGAUGUCUAUAGCAGGCCUGUGUUUUCACUGAUCUCAGAGCACUCGCCCGUCUGCAAGACAAGCGAUGUGCGCAGAUUCACGGAGGAAGUCACACCGCUCUCUCUGAGUAAGCUGAAGAACGUCUUCCAACUGACAUCUGCAAUUGACCCGCUGUACUGCGAGUGCAAGAUAAAUACAUCUCGCACAGAAAUCACCCUGGACAUUCUUCUUGUGAACCAAACUGACAUGCUCCUGGAGUCCGUUGAGUUUGACAUAGUCUCCAGCCAAAACAUUAAAAUGGCAAGUGACAUCCGCCUGGAGAAGCUUAGGCCGCACAUGGUGUGCACCUUGGAGGCCACUUUGAUCAUGGAGGAGUCUGAUACUGGAUACAUUGGGGGAGUGAUUACUGCAGGAAAAGUCGGAAGAGAGAACUACUUCAUGCAGAAUCUGCAGGAGAUUCGCUUCAAUCUGUCUGAUAUGCUGGAGAAGAAGAGAAUAGACGCAGACGCAUUCCGGGAGAGGUGGCCAGCACUUGUCUGGGAGAAUCUGUACAAGAUCACUCUGAGCACAGACAGACUGACCCCAGCACACGUAGUUAAAACAGUCACAAAGGCCAUUAGAGGAACAGUCAUUGAGGCAAAAAUGCACGAAGGAGGGACACUCCCAGGAGAAAGUUCACCAGAUAUUCUAGUGCAGAAUAUAUACACAAGAACUGCACAGGGUACAGGAAUAUACCUUAAUGCAGCAGUCACCUCAGCAGACGAGAAAAUAACUGCCACCUUUAGAAUAAGAGGCAGCAAUGCACGCGUGGUGAAGUCUCUUUGCCAGUUGGUCUCUAAGGAAGUAAAAGCCCUUGCGGAGUAG